CCAGCACAGACAUUAUCUUAGAAUUAUUUAAAAAAGAAUCCAGAAAGCCACAACCUGAGAAAGAGUGAAAGUGUUGGAUGGCAGAUGCAGGGAGCCUGUAAGAGUGAGAGUGUGUGAUGCUUUUGUCUCCUUAUAUGGUAAAAUGAUAGGAAGGGGGUUCGCUGGGCUGUGAAGGCAGCCGCUUUCCAUACAAUCCAGGAUGCAGAGCUAAGAUCAGACUGUUGGGAUUGUGCAGUGACACUUUAACAGCUGAGCAGGCCAAUCUCUGUGCACCUACAGCUGCAUGUGCGGCCCUUCUUCUGAAAUCUGUUAAGAGAAGUGUGGACUUAAAAUGACUGAGCGCUUUGACUGCCACUACUGCAAGGACUCUCUCUUUGGCAAAAAGUACCUGCUGAGGGAGGAGAAUCCCUACUGCGUGAAGUGCUACGAGAGCCUAUACUCUAACUCAUGUGAGGAAUGCAAGAAACCAAUUGGUUAUGAUGGAAAGGAUCUUUCCUACAAAGACCGCCACUGGCAUGAAUCAUGUUUCCAUUGCUUCCAGUGCAAGAAGUCACUGGUGGACAAGCCUUUUGCUGCUAAAGAUGAGCACCUUGUUUGCACUGAGUGCUAUUCUAAUGAAUAUUCCUCCAAGUGCAACGAGUGUAAGAAGACAAUCAUGCCAGGAACUCGCAAGAUGGAGUAUAAAGGUAACAGCUGGCAUGAGACCUGCUUCAUUUGUUCCCGUUGCCAACAACCCAUUGGGACAAAAAGCUUUAUUCCAAAGGAUAAUCAGAAUUUCUGUGUGCAAUGCUAUGAAAAACAAUUUGCAAUGCAUUGUGCCCAGUGCAAAAAGGCCAUCACUACAGGAGGUGUUACAUACCGAGACCAGCCUUGGCAUAAGGAAUGCUUUGUUUGUACAGGAUGCAAGAAACCGCUAUCUGGUCAACGCUUCACCUCUCGUGAUGAAUUUGCCUACUGUCUGAAUUGCUUCUGCAACCUGUAUGCCAAGAAAUGCGCUGGAUGCACCAACCCUAUAAGUGGGCUUGGAGGAGCCAAGUAUAUCUCUUUUGAAGAACGUCAGUGGCAUAGCGAUUGCUUUAAUUGCAAGAAGUGUGCUAUUUCCUUGGUUGGACGUGGUUUCCUUACAGAAAGAGAUGAGAUUCUUUGCCCUGAAUGUGGCAAAGACAUAUAGUUUAAAAAAGGAAUACAUGAAUCGACAUACCAAGACAUGACAUCAUAUAUAUUAUAUUCUCAUAAAUAUAUCAUAUGCUUUUUUUCAAUUAAAUCAAAUAUAGAUAAUUUAACAUGUAUCUCUCAAGGGUUAACAUUUCAUUCUCAGGCCAUCUACAUAACAUAUCAUUGCAAAAGUGUAGGCUUGCGGGUUAUGGAAUACUUUAUGGUAAAACUGCACAUUGUGAUAAGUUUAGCAGAAAGAGACUUUUGACACUGAAUGCACUAUACUGAAAACUUUACAGUGAAUGUAUUUGCCAAUACUGACCAGUCUUUUGGGUUCCAAUCAGUUUCUAGUUGUCACAUGUGCAGAGUUUUGGAGUCAUUUUAAAUGCAGGAAUAUGCAAUACAUUUUUCAUUGCUGCCUUUCCUGUAGCAUCUGGUUAAAGGAGCAGGAAAACAUUAAGACAAAAGUAGGACUUUAGGGUGGCCCACAUUCCUUCAAACCUUGGGCAACUAGGCUAAUAUAUGUUGUAGCCUAUAUUUUAUCUAGGUGACAGGUUCACCUAGAAAUGGGUCAUUUCAAGGACUUUAUAGUUCAGGAUUUUACUCCCAAUGAUAAGCAGAAAAAGAUUAUGUUUAGAAGCUUGCUUAUCACAUACCAGUAACAGAUUAAUCACAUUAGAAAAUUGUAAUUGUCCACUGUUUCCAUGUGAUCUAUAUUUAUUUCUUGCACACACUGUCAAAUCAUCCACUCAGUUGUGCAGUGUGUUUUAAAGCAGCAGUGAUUAUUAAAAGAAAAAACCGAGUUAGCUUUUGUUAGACUGGGAAAAGCCCAGUUUAUAACUGCUGUAUAUAUAUAUAUAUAUAUAUAUAUAUAUAUAUAUAUAUAUAAGUCAAGGUGUUAUUCUAUGUACACUUUUUCUCUCUUCAAGAUAAGAAGAGAUCAUUGAUACUGAUACCUGUAUAGCAAUAUAGAGGGUACUCUCUUAGCUCGUUGCACAUGCACUCAUUAUUUCCUUCUCCUUCUGUAUGUUGUCUUUUGAAUCUCACUUGAGUGAACACUCCCUUGCAGCCCACUUUAAGGUUCUAGGUUUCUGUGUUCCCCCUACCAUCAAAAACACCAGCAUUCAACAUUUAUCAAGGCAUCAAUACCAUGAGGUGCCUUAAUCAGAUGAGCACAACAAAUCAACAGUUGGAGGAAACAUUUCCCUACAUUGCAUUUUGUUUUCUAAAGUACUGUUAUUGCUGUUAUUAAUUUGACUAUUUGUGAUAUUAAUAUAAUCACUAGGGGCUGAUUUAUUAUUGCUCAAAGAUAGGGAUUAGUAAUAUCUAUGUAAAUAAAUGUGGAUGUGCUCUUUAUCACAAUACAUUUCAGAUACAGUUUAGUAUAAAUGUGUGUGCUUGUGAAAUGGGGUGUGCAGCUAAUCCUGCAUUAAAUGAACCUGUCAUACCCAAUACCUGUGCAAUAUCUGCCUAAAUUAAAUUUUAAUUGUAUAAAAUGUUUUAUUAGCAAAUGUGCAUGUGUUAAAUCAUUACAAGGUUUAAUGCAUCUGUGUUCCAUAUGAAACUAAUAAAUUAAAAAUGUA